AUGGAUCCUCUAUUAGUUAAAUCAUUGGAAUAUGCAUACAACCAGACAUAUCCCGGCGUGACAUUCUAUUAUCGUGAUGCUGAUAUAUCUCAUACUCUGUUAUCGAAGUAUACAGUUAAUCAAAUAUUAAAAGAACCAAGGCCUGUUGAUAUGAGUUCAAUGGGUGGGAAAUUAGUUAAAAAUACACGAUAUUUAAUUGCAUCAAACAUGGCUACAAAGUCAACUGAUCUUGGUGCACAAGAGACUCGAGUGCGACAUUUAUUAGUCAACAGUUAUUUUAAAAUAUUAAGUAUAAUUAAAAGAACAAAAGAAGAUCAAACGCAAUUGUUAUUAUUGCAUAUACCGUCCGAUUGUAUAAAUAUAUUUAAAACUUGUAUAUCAAAUUUGGACAAAUACGUUAUUUCAAAAGGUCUACAAAGUUUUAACGAAAAGCAAACGUUGAAGCCAAUUCCACAACUUCAAACAAAACAAUGGUGUGACAGAACUGCAUUUCCCAUUGGUAUGAGUAGCAAUGGGGACUUCUUUUAUUGCGGCAAUAAUACAAAGCAGCUAUGA